AUGCGUCAACUAAUUCCAACCGUGCUGGCUACAACUUCAAUAGUAAUAGCAAGUCAAAGCGUUUUCAGUGUCCACGAUGACUUGCUCGCAUUUCCCCAGUAUGAAGUGGUAUUUUCGAAUUCUUUCCUCUCGGAACAGGAAGCAGAUCUCAUAAUUAACCAUCCCUCCUCACCUGUUCAUGAUACACCACAACCAUGCGACACCAGAAGUAUACAAUCCCAACAUCCCAUUCAAGACCAUGAAUUCGACCCCUCCAAACAUGUCUACGAGCUCAUGUGGCUAAAUGGUGAAGCGCACCUCUGUACAAUUCCCAUCGUUUCUCUUCCUCCACGCAACGAAACUUCGGAAGCUGAAGCCCGCGCCGCUGAACAAAAAGAACUCGCCCGAGCGACUAACCGUGGCUGGGAGUUACUCGGAGAUCUAGAAGGAAACUGCCUAUAUUUCGUAUCAGGAUGGUGGUCUUAUUCAUUUUGCUACAACAAUGAAAUCACACAAUUCCAUCAACUACCUCCACAACCUGGAAAGGCCCCAUUCCCGCCCCAACCGGAUCCAUCAGCCCAAGAAUUCGUUCUCGGAAGAGUGAAGAUAUCACCGAAAAGCAGGAGUAAGGAGGACGAAUGGGGCAACCAAAUAGAAGCUCAUGCAGGACCCAAAAGUGGAGAAUCGCCAAAGACAGAGCUUCAAGUAAAGGGCGAUACCCGCUACCUCGUUCAGAAAAUGGAAGGUGGCACAACCUGCGACCUCACAGGGAAACCUCGCCAAGUCGAGGUUCAGUUUCACUGCAACCCACACGUCACCGAUCGCAUCGGCUAUAUCAAAGAAAUGACAACCUGUUCAUACCUUAUGGUUGUAUACACACCCCGUCUUUGCAACGAUGUAGCAUUCAUGCCCCCCAAAGCAGACAAAGCCAACAGCAUAAUCUGCAAGCCCGUCAUCCCCUCCUCAGAACUCCCAUCCCGCAUCGAAGCCGCCUCCGCUUCUGGCUCAUCCACCAUCCCGACCUCCUCAAAGCCUAUAAAUAUCGGCGGUAUAACCGUCGGCGCCGGUAAUUUUAUUGGCAAAGAAGGACAACGUUUACCUAUCCCCGCUAAUUUCGGCGAGGACGAAAGUCGAAGUGAAGUUAUUGCGCGGGCCAAGAGUCGAGCGGAGGGAGGACAAAUCGAAGUCGUCAGUGAGCAGAAAUUGGCUAAGAUGGAUCUCGAUCCGAAAAUGAUCGAGAAGUUGACGGAGGAAGUCAAGAAAUUAGCCGGGGAAAAGGGAUGGAAAAUUGAGGUUGUAGAUGUUCCUGGACAGGUGAGAGAGAUUUUAGGAAUUGUUGAGGAUGAUGCAGGGCAGGGUUAUGAGAAGGGAGCGGGAAGACCUAUUGAAAAGGAUUCAGAUAAAAACAGUAGAGACAAGAGGGAAGGCGAUAAAACUGUAGAUGAGGAUGAGAAUGGAGAUGAGGGUAGUGAGGAAAUCUUCAAGGAUGAGUUAUGA